AUGGAUGAACUGAAAAUCAACGUAUUCGACCUCCAUCUAGAUAUUAUUUGGAUAACAGAAACAUGGUUUUCGGACCAGAUUGACAAUAGAGAGGUCGCAAUACCUGGCUUUCAACUGUUCCGCAAAGACAGCGACAACCGAAGAGUUGGCGGUCUAGAAACCCUCAUAAAGAACGGUUUGUAUGUUUCAGAAAAAAGGGCUAAUCUGUCUUGUCCGGAAACACCAUGGUUGACUGUAAAAGCAACGGGUUCCCAAAUCCUCGAUAUCUUAACUCUCUACCGAGCCCCAAGGAACGAUCAUGAAGCUGAUGCCCUAUUGCUGGAUGGGCUUAAAGCCUUUCCUGUGCGAUCAAAUACUCUUAUCGUUAGGGACUUCAAUGUGCCUACCAUCAACUGGAGCUCCACCUCAGCCGAUUGCCCUGAAUCGGCAUUCGACCACCAGCCCCUGCACACAACUGAAUUCCUGCUUCUCACCCAGCACGUCACCUUUCCCACAAUAAUUCGUGAGGGCCAAUAG